AUGACCGAUUUUGUCAUUCCCCAAGUCAAGGCGCAGAUGCCGGGGAUGUUCAAGAAUUUCAAAUUCACCAAAAUGGAUAUGGGUGACAUACCAUGUCGGGUAGGAGGAAUCAAGGUUUAUACGACAAACGUCGGGCGCGAUCGUAUUAUCGUUGAUAUGGAUGUUGCAUAUGCUGGCGAUGCAGACUUUACUGUAUCAUGUUGUGGAUUUACCGGUGGUAUGAAUUGUAUUCAGAAAAUCGAUUUCAAUCUGACCGGAAUGGGUGAAAUGGUUGAACUUCCCGGACUGAUGAAUGCGAUCAGAAGUGUUAUGAAUAGUCAGGUAGCCGCGCUUUGUGUCCUACCUAAUGAGAUUGUCGUACCACUCGCGCCAAAUAUUGACGUCACGAAGCUGUUUUUCCCUGAGCCUGACGGUGUAAUCCGCCUAAAAAUCAUUGAGGCGAAGAACCUCGAGAAUCGAGACAUUUCGUUCAUACGGAAAGGAAAAAGUGAUCCAUACUGUGAAAUUCAAGUUGGAUCACAAUUUUUGAAGACGCGUACUAUUGACAACGAUUUGAAUCCGGUUUGGAAUGAGUAUUUCGAAGCCGUUGUUGAUCAGGCUCAUGGACAGAAAUUACGGAUAGAGUUGUUCGACGAGGAUCAAGGUCAGGAUGAGGAGCUUGGUCGUCUGAGCAUUGAUCUGAAAGAUAUUCAGACCAAAGGAACAGUGGAAAAUUGGUACCCACUGGAAGGCUGUAAGCACGGCGAUCUGCAUCUGAAGGCAACGUGGAUGUGCCUGUCAAAAGAUCGUAGUCACUUGGAGAAGCAACAGUGGGAGUCAGAAUGGCUGCAAGCCGACAAACCGAUACAUCCAGCACUUCUGAUGGUAUUCGUCGACUCAGUUUCUGAUCUACCGUACCCAAAAGCCAAGCUUGAACCGUCACCCUUCGUCGAAGUAUCGCUUGGGGUGAAUGCGCAACGCACACCAGUUAAGGUGAAAACAGUUAACCCGCUCUUCCAGUCAAAGUUCAUGUUCUUUGUCAGGAGUCCAGAAGGACAAGAACUAAAAUUCGAGGCGUUUGAUGAAGGUACUCGUCGAUCGUUGGGCACACUAACGAUACCGUUGAAUCAGCUGAUGAAAGAGCCAGAAAUGGAAUAUUAUCAGCACACGUUCAUGCUCACACUUGGAGUUCACCAAAGCCCAAUGGUGAUCACCGUCAGACUCAGAGCCAUCGUGGCAACGUCGAUAAAACUAGACGAGCCCGACGUAAAUCAAGAGCUCUGGGGUCGUAGAGUAAAUGUCUAA